AUGGCUCCCCAAAAGGAUCUUGACAUCGCCAUCAUUGGCGGAGGUAUUGCGGGCCUCACGCUCGCCAUCGCCCUUCAUCACCGUGGUGUACCCUUCACUCUGUACGAACAAGCACCCGCUUUCGGUGAGAUUGGUGCCGGGGUGUCUUUUACUCCCAGUGCGGUUCAGGCGAUGCAAUGCUGCCACGACGGCAUUUACGACGCGUUUGAGAAAGUCUGCACUCGAAACGAGUGGGAAUCCAAGCAGAAGCUGUGGUUUGAUUACCAUGAUGGCUACAACACUCCCCCCGGCCAUUCAUUCCCAAUCUCCAACUCCCUGGGCCAGAGAGGAGUCCAUCGUGCAGAAUUUCUCGGCCAGCUUGUCAAUCUCAUUCCGCAACAUGUCGCGAGGUUCAACAAGGUUCUCACGGGCAUCAGGAGCGCUGCCAACGGCAAGUUAGUUAUGGAGUUCCUUGAUGGUACCACAGCAGAAGCUGAUGGCAUCAUCGGAUGCGAUGGUAUCAAGUCCCGAGUCCGGCAAGAACUAUUUCCGGCUUCCAAGCCUUCAUACUCUCACAAGUAUGCGUAUAGAGGCUUGAUACCGAUGAGCAAGGCCAUCGAGGCCAUCGGAAACGAGAAUGCGCAAAACGCAUGCAUGUAUAUGGGACCCGGGGGCCAUGUUCUCACAUUCCCAGUAAAGUCUGGCACGGUGAUGAAUGUCGUGGCUUUCCACACAUCGGAGGAACCAUGGAAAGACAGUGAAAGAAAUGUUCGAACGGCAACCCGCGCGGACGCCCUCCGCGACUUCACUGGCUACGGGGAAGAUAUUACCAAGAUCCUGCAGUUGACAGAUGAAAAGUUGAAUGUGUGGGCCAUUUUCGACCUGCACGACAAUCCAGUCCCUUCGUUUUAUCAAGGGAGAGUCUGCAUAUCUGGGGACGCCGCGCAUGCGACAUCUCCACACCACGGCGCUGGAGCCGGGUUCUGCAUCGAAGACAGCGCUGUCUUGGCUGCACUGCUAUCCCACGAGGCGGUCAGCUCGCCCGCCGAUCUUGAGCUGGCUUUUGCUGUCUUUGACGAAUGCAGGCGGGAGAGGGGACAGUGGCUAGUCGAAAGCAGCAGGUUUAUCGGAGACUGCUAUGAGUGGAGAGCCGAGGGUGUGGGCAGCGAUUUUGCCAAGAUUGAGAACGAGAUCAAUACAAGGAACAGCAUUAUUGUUGACGUUGAUGUCGCAGAGAUGUGUCAACAGGCAAGAGACACUCUGUCGAGAACGUGCGGUAGCCUUGCGCGUGAAAUCUCUGCUAAUAUAUAA